GGACACGGAACAGAAAGUUCUGAUGAGCUCAUGGCAUCUGUCAGUGUGCUAUCAGUUACCUGUCAUUUGCGGAAAAUAGAGGAAGAAAGGUGAAUCGAAGGGAAUUUUUCUAAAUCAAAAAUUCAGGAAAAGAUGAAUACGGUUUUGAACCAUGCCGUGAGAAGGUAUCUCCAAACUACUGCCAGAAGAGCUGCUGUCCAAGUUGAGGGGCCAUCCGCAGUGUCAGGAGGACAUGAAGGGGGUUACAAAAUCUGGAGAAACCUCACCUUCUUUGUAGCCUUUCCAUCCAUAAUCCUGUGUGCUGUAAACUGCUACUUGACUCACCAAAGUGGACACCAUGAGAGACCACCAUUCGUCAAGUAUGAUUACUUGUGUGUUCGCACUAAGCGUUUUCCAUGGGGUGAUGGAAACCAUUCGCUCUUCCAUAACCCACACACUAAUGCUCUGCCUAAUGGUUAUGAAGAUGAGCAUUAAAUAAAUGAUGUGGUAUAGUAAUGCAGUUAGAUAUUUAUAAUUUGUUCAAUAAAUUGUUAGAUUGAAAGGUUUCCAAGCUAAGUACACAUUUUUUAUUGCUGUGAAUAAAAAUGAAGCUACCGUAUUUAGAUUUUUUUAUUUUGUUUUUACAAAAAGCAUUGUACAGGAAUAGUCAUCCAGCUUAAACUUGAAGCUAGAAAAAAUGUACAUCUAAUAGUC